AUGUCGACUCCCACAACUGCGACUGCUACAAUUCCGCAUUCACAUUACCACCACCCGUCGCAUUCACACCACUUCCCCUACUACCCGACGAACACCUCCUCCACUGCCUUCCGAUCGACCGCUACCCAGCUCCUCCCCACCCCCAGCCGGCUCGGUGCCUCGUCGUAUCCCACAUCGGCGUUGACUUCGAACUACGCUCCCUCGUCGAACUACACUGCCAUGGCCCCCUCGACUACUGCUGCGUCUUCUCAGGCACAGUCCUCGUCCAACAAGAAGAGGAGACGAGACAGCCCUGUCGACUGGAAGAAGUUCUAUGGCGGCCAGCCGCCCAAAGAGAUCAUCGUCAUUGACGACACCCCCGAACCCGACACACCCUACGCCUACGCAAACGGCGCCACCAACUCCACCACCACCACCAAUGGCGGCGCCCCCGUGAGUGCCAAUACAUCUGCUGCUCGGCAUGCCCCCAAACGGCGGAAGCGAGACGAUGAUGUCCCCACGACCUUGGGCACCCGUUAUGAUCCUGUCCACCACAGCAAGCUCAACGGUUCGGCCACAACCCCUCGGCAGCAAAACGGGACCCCUUCAGGUUCGACCAUUUCCUCCAGCGGCCGCACUGACUCGGCCAUUCACACCACCGCUGCCACCUCGCUCGGGUCUCUGUCAUCAAAUGGUCAAUAUGACUAUGAUGGUCAGCCAGGUCAGAAGAGGAAGCGGACUCGACAGCAGGUUGCCAAUGAGGUCAAACGUAGGGAGAACGCCAUCGUCGGCCACAACUUCCCCAGCUACCAACCUCCACCGUACCCACCCAAGAAGGCUGGCGAGGUGAACGUCCGAGUCAUUCCAGACUCGUACAAGAGUGGAAAUGUCGACGACAACGACGGCCACUAUAUCGUCGUUCCCGACGCGCCGUUGACUGAUAACUACCAAAUGAUGAAGAUGCUUGGUCAAGGCACCUUCGGUAAGGUUGUUCAGGCUCGCGACCAAAGGCGCAACGAGCUGGUUGCCGUGAAGAUCAUUCGCUCCGUCCAAAAGUAUAGAGAUGCGUCGAGGAUCGAGCUGCGAGUUCUGGCGACCCUGAAGGCCAACGACCCAGACAAUCGCAACCGGUGCAUACACCUUCGCGAUUGUUUUGACUACCGAGGUCACAUCUGCAUCGUGAUGGACCUGCUGGGGCAGAGUGUCUUUGAUUUUCUCAAGGGCAAUUCCUUCGUCCCGUUCCCCAACAGCCAGAUACAGAGUUUUGCUCGUCAGCUCCUCACAAGCGUGGCUUUCCUCCACGACCUGAACCUUAUACAUACGGAUCUCAAGCCCGAGAACAUCCUGUUGUACGACAGUGCAUAUCAGACAUUCACAUACAACCGCAAGAUUCCAUCGUCCUCGACCUCGGUCAACAGGAACGCCACACAACGGCGUGUCCUUCUGGACACGGAAAUCCGGCUCAUCGACUUUGGAUCCGCAACCUUCCAGGAUGAGUACCACUCGUCCGUGGUAUCGACUCGGCACUAUCGAGCGCCUGAGAUCAUCCUCGGCCUUGGAUGGUCGUUCCCUUGUGACAUUUGGAGUAUCGGAUGUAUCCUCGUCGAGUUCUUCACAGGUGAUGCGCUUUUCCAGACGCAUGAAAAUCUGGAACACCUGGCCAUGAUGGAGAACGUCGUUGGUACCCGGAUUGAUUCGUACCUCGUUACCCGAGUCAACAGGAUGACCAGGAACGGUGGCAAUCCAGCCUCGAAAUAUUUCAAGAGAGGCAAGCUGGACUAUCCACAACAAGAGACCACCAGAGCGUCGCGACGAUUCGUCAAGGCUAUGAAGAAGUUGGAUGACAUUAUUCCUAGCAAUACGGCUUUUUUGAAGAACUUCAAGGAUCUUCUCAAGAAGAUCUUCGUCUACGAUCCACAACAUCGUAUCACAGCGAAGCAAGCCUUACAGCACCCCUGGUUCAAGGAGACGGCCCACCCUGAUGACGGCACCGAGGCUGCCAAAAUAAAAAUGGAGAGGAUGCGGACUCAAGGGGUGCACGCAGCUCGCAGCGCACAUGGCUGAAGGGGAACAGCAUCGAGGCAUUCAAACAUACUUAAUCUGGGAUUACAUCGGGAUGACUAGGCUAGUGGCUAGGUGCUCGGAACGGUCGGCGCAUUUUGAGAUCCCAUCUACAUCGUCCUGUUCGACAGAUUGCGAUUUCUCUUAUGGGAUUGGGAAGGAUAUGGGCACCAAACGGAUUACUAUUAUUACCAGCUGAGCGAACGCAAGCAUGCAUGCACGGGCAUACAUUGACACGGCGAACCUCAAAUCUAUCUAGCCUUCUGCACC